UCGGCGUUUUGGCGGAUUCCCCCUUUUUCUUUUUUUUCUUUUCUCUCAAUCAACCACCCAAUUUUCCUUGUCCGUCACCCAAAUCCCCUCCUGCACUGUCGAAAUGUUGAAUUCCCCCACCCACCUACCUGAACAUGUCUUGGUUCUUCUAUGAGGGUAGGACUUGAUUGAAAGAGAAGGCUCUGGCAGCGUUCUGCGAUGAAACGAUUAUGGCUGCGACGAAAGAAUCAAGAAUCACACUCUGCGUUUGCUUUUCCCCUUUUUGUUGCAUUUCUUAUCCGAGUAUCAAUUUUAACUCUACAUUUCUUUCACCUUCGUCCUUCUCUAUUGCUGAAAUCCUCCCCUCCCGUCUACGUUCUCACCUUUGAAGGGCCAAAACCAAUGAAUAUCUAUCCGUCGUUGGAAACGAACCCCAAUAUGCUGCUGUUCGCUCAACAACGAGCCAAGGUUUUUUGAGACAACAAAUCAUAAAGUUUCCACGGACGCGGAUCGAACGACCA